CAUCGUAAUGAUCCGAGUGUGUAAAAUGUUCCGCCAAGGCCUCAGGGGAUUCCGGGAAUAUCAAAUCAUUGAGAGUGCUCACUGGAAGCACCCUAUCUUCUCCUUCUGGGAUAAAAAGAUGCAAAGCCGAGUCACAUUUGAUACCAUGGACUUCAUUGCAGAGGAGGGUCACUUUCCUCCAAAGGCCAUUCAGAUCAUGCAGAAGAAGCCUUCCUGGAGAACAGAGGAUGAGAUCCAGGCCGUCUGUAACAUCUUGCAGGUUCUGGAUAGCUAUCGGAACUACGCGGAGCCCCUUCAGCUGCUCCUGGCCAAAGUCAUGCGCUUUGAACGGUUUGGUCGCAGGCGUGUGAUCAUCAAGAAGGGGCAGAAGGGCAACAGCUUUUAUUUCAUCUACCUGGGCACAGUUGCAAUAACCAACGACGAGGAUGGCAGCAGUGCCUUCCUAGAUCCCCACCCGAAAUUGCUGCAGAAGGGUAGCUGUUUUGGGGAAACGGACAUUCUGCAUGCUUCAUUGAGGAGGUCCACCAUCGUCUGUAUGGAAGAAACAGAGUUCCUGGUUGUUGACAGGGAGGACUUCUUUGCUAAUAAACUGGACCAGGAAGUUCAGAAGGAUGCUCAAUAUCGGUUUGAAUUUUUUAGGAAGAUGGAUCUGUUUGCAUCAUGGUCUGAUGAGAAGCUCUGGCAGCUUGUAAACAUGUCGAAGAUAGAGAGGUUCUCGUAUGGGCAGCUGAUCUCAAAAGACUUUGGAGAGUCAUCCUUCAUCAUGUUUAUCAGCAAGGGCAGCUGUGAAGUCCUGCGGCUGUUGGACCUUGGUGCCUCCCCUUCCUACCACAGAUGGGUCUGGCAGCACCUGGAGCUGAUAGAUGACAGGGCUCUGAAGACCCACCUGAGGGAAUACUCUCCUAUGGAAAGAUUUAAGGAAUUCCAGAUCAAGUCAUAUCCUCUACAAGACUUUAGCUCCUUGAAACUUCUGCAUCUCAAAAAAGCCUGGGGGUUACAGGGGACGAGCUUCAGCAGGAAGAUCGGAACCUCAGGAGACACUCUCCCCAAGAUGCUGGGCCCGAAGAUCCAAUCCAGGCCUGUUCAGUCGAUCAAAUGUGCCAUGAUCAAUACCAAGCUUGGUGAGCUCCCCAAGGAGGCUGCAGUGGGGGCCUACAUGAAGGUGCACACUGUGGAGCAGGGAGAAAUUUUGGGUCUUCACCAGGCCUUCCUUCCAGAGGGUGAAUGCGACACACGACCCUUGAUCCUGAUGAGCCUGGGAAAUGAGUUGAUACGGAUAAGGAAGGAAAUAUUUUAUGAACUGAUUGACAAUGAUGACGAGGUGAUAAAAAAGUUGUUAAAGCUCAAUAUUGCAUUCCCCAGUGAUGAAGAUAUGUGCCAGAGGUUCCUCCAGGAGAACAGCUGGAAUAUCUUUCGGAAGGACCUGUUGCGGCUGCUUGUGGAGCCUCGCCAAAGUCCACCAUUCCCUCCAAUCCGGCCCAAGAAGAAAGAGAUCUACAACCCUAAGUCUGUGGUCCUGGAUUUGUGCAGCAUCAACAAGAUGACUAAACCUCGUUAUCCCAUUUUUAUGGCACCCCAGAAAUACCUCCCCCCAUUGAGGAUUGUCCAAGCCAUCAAAGCACCUCGGUACAAAAUCCAAGAACUCUUGCCUCAGUAUAAAAGUGCAGGGGUCCUUAUUUAGGACAAAUAAAGGAUGGUGGAUUGG